GCCGCGCGGUCCUGUUCUCUUUUCCGGUCGGCGUGGUCCUCGAGCGGAGUGUCUUCCGCUGCCGGCCGUUCACCAUGAGCGUCCCGGCCUUCAUCGACAUUAGCGAAGAAGACCAGGCAGCUGAACUUCGUGCUUAUUUGAAAUCAAAAGGAGCUGAGAUCUCAGAAGAGAACUCAGAAGGUGGACUUCAUGUAGAUUUAGCUCAGAUUAUUGAAGCCUGUGAUGUGUGUCUGAAGGAAGAUGAUAAAGAUGUUGAAAGUGUGAUGAACAGUGUGGUAUCCCUCCUCUUGAUCCUGGAACCAGACAAGCAAGAAGCAUUGAUUGAAAGUCUGUGUGAAAAGCUGGUCAAGUUUCGGGAAGGUGAACGCCCUUCUCUGAGACUGCAACUGCUCAGCAACCUUUUCCACGGUAUGGAUAAGAACACUCCUGUAAGGUACACAGUGUACUGCAGCCUCAUCAAGGUGGCAGCAUCGUGUGGGGCCAUCCAGUACAUCCCAACUGAGCUGGAUCAAGUGAGAAAGUGGAUUUCCGACUGGAAGCUCACCACUGAAAAGAAACACACCCUCUUAAGACUACUUUAUGAGGCGCUCGUGGAUUGUAAGAAAAGUGAUGCUGCAUCAAAGGUCAUGGUGGAAUUGCUUGGGAGUUAUACAGAAGACAAUGCUUCCCAGGCUCGAGUUGAUGCCCACAGGUGUAUUGUGCGGGCACUAAAGGAUCCAAAUGCCUUUCUUUUUGACCAUCUUCUUACUCUAAAGCCAGUCAAAUUUUUGGAAGGCGAGCUUAUCCAUGAUUUAUUAACCAUUUUUGUGAGUGCUAAAUUGGCAUCGUAUGUCAAAUUCUAUCAGAAUAAUAAAGACUUCAUUGAUUCACUUGGCCUGUUACAUGAACAAAAUAUGGCGAAAAUGAGACUCCUCACUUUCAUGGGAAUGGCAGUGGAAAACAAAGAGAUUUCUUUUGAUACAAUGCAGCAAGAGCUACAGAUUGGAGCUGAUGAUGUUGAAGCAUUUGUUAUUGAUGCUGUAAGAACUAAAAUGGUCUACUGCAAAAUUGAUCAGACCCAGAGAAAAGUAGUUGUCAGUCACAGCACACAUCGGACAUUUGGAAAACAGCAAUGGCAACAGCUGUAUGACACUCUUAAUGCCUGGAAACAAAACUUGAACAAAGUGAAAAAUAGCCUUUUGAGUCUUUCUGAUACCUGAAUUUGUAUGCAAAUGUUUUUUCUUUGAGGGAAAAAAUGUUUUAAGUCAUAGUAAAAUACUUUCAAUUAAAAUUUGACCAGUCUGGCCAUUUAUUUUCUCAGUUUUAAGGAAUAUCACAAACUCUAGAAAACAAACUAAUGUUAAAAAAGGGACAGUUUGUCUUAACCAUAAUAUUUGAAUUCUAUAAAGAAAGGAACUAACAAACAGUGCUUUGAAGGAAUUAUACAAAGGGAAGAUAAAAGUUUAAAGAGGCCUGAUGCUAACAGCAAGCUCUGCAAAUACAAGAUGAAGUCUUCAUCCUACUAGAAAAAGUUGGUGAAGUGAAGGCAGCUAGCUGUAAAGCUUAAGAUGACCAAUCUUUGACCCGAGUGUAUCAUGUCAGGUUGACUACAGAAAGCUUUUAUCAGACUUUCACCUGAGCUCAUCAGUUUGACUAUGACAUUUAUCAACAUUUAGUCGCUUGUUUUUUCCAGCAUCUCUUCUGCUUUUCUUUUUUUGGUCUGGUUGCUGUUUUCUAAGCUUAGCAACUUUUCAAUCUCAGUUAGUUGGUUUAUCACAAGACUCUGCCAGUCUUUGUUACUAGGUGAAAAGGUGAGUAGAUCAGGAGUGUCUGUCACCUCCUUUGCCUGUGAAUUGCUUUGUUGCACAGUUGAAAUCCAAGGUUCUGCUUUCACCUAGGAAAGACCAUGUUUAUUUCACCAUCAAAAUUACCAUACAAAUGGCAGUGAGGAAAACCCAGAACACCUGCAAUCAGAGUGGAGUGUAAAGCUAUCUCAUGCCUGACUUAAGAAUUACUAUAGUAAUUUGGCAGCAGCGGUCCCUAAUGUGAAUGUCUGUCUUAUGUAGUAACUCUUCAAACACUUGUGUGUCCCAGGGAUACCGCAAAUAUUUUUUAAAAGGUCUUGGGCUUUGAUGAAAUAAAGUUAAAACUGCAGAUAACUGUCAGUCUGUCUUCCACCCACCCCAGAAAUGUCUGUUUGGUAACUCUGUCAAAGUGGUGGGAGAAGACUAGAAAUUCAAACAGGUUAAAAAAAAAAGUCUUUUCUGCCAGGCUGCUGACACUAUUGAGAAGAGCAGGAGGAACACUGAGGCAGAAGAGGAAAGCUGUAUUCACAAAACAACUUCUGUUUUAAGAGAUUUUUUUUCCUGAUACAAUACUUGAAAAUAGGAAUAUGAAGAAACUAAAUAUUGUUAUUAUUCCAUUAUCCAGAAAGAUAUGCCGGUAUUAUGGUAUUGGCUGCUAGACUUCCUUUUCUAAGUGUCCUCAUUUAUUCUACAGAAUCAUCUAUCUUGCCUUUUCCUGU